UAGUUCCCCCGGGGCAGGUGUUAUUCUGCUGUUUGUAGCCUUCAGACUUCAGGUGCCUGAGAAUCAGCUGGGAAGCUUGUUGAAAAUGUAGAUUUCCUGGCCUGGGAGGUGGCCUGGGGAUCUGCAUUUUAAGCGGUAUCUUGGUGAUUGUGAUACUGGGGGGUCCUUGAGAAACACCGCAACUCUUACGAAGCCCAAAGGACAUGUCUCACCCUCCACACGCCUUUGAGCUUUGCACACCUGGUUUGGGGCGUGCACAUGUGAGUGCGUGCAUAUGUGUGUGUGUGGAGGUUUACCAAACGCUCCCUUGAUACCAAUGCAAGUCUGGUACUAAGGCUAGUCUGGGGCGAGUGCCUGUCACGUGGCCACCAAUGGCAGUGUUCACUUACAGGCUGUACGGCUCUUUACCCCUUAUUCCUGAAGAAGAAAGCGAGGCCUAGACUGUCAGCUUAACCUGCACAGCCACACAUGCUUAUUAAAGACAGAACACGCGUUCUAGUUGAGCCGGACUCCAGCACCCAGGCCCCGGUUGUGAGAACUGGAAUCUGCAGGCCCCAAGCCUCCCUUUCCUUCCAUGGACUGUGGCGAUGGUGCCGUAUGGCGAGGGGACAUGCCUGGGGGCACCGACUCUCGCUCCCAGCUGCCAGCUCCUCAAAACCCGAAGAUUCGCCUGUACAAUGCCGAGCAGGUUCUGAGGUGGGAGCCGGGGUCCCUGAGCAAUGACACAAGGCCGGUGGUCUACCAGGUGCAGUUCAAAUACCUCUCUGGCAGUAGGUGGUACGACACCGACGACAUAGGCGUGAACUGUAUGAACGUCACCAAGACGGAGUGUAACUUCACCCCAUCCAGCCUCUCACAGGGUUUGCCACUGUUUUUCAACGUCUCUUUACGCGUCCGAGCUAAGGUGGAGGACCUCGUUUCCCCCUGGCUGACGGUGCCUUGGUUCCUGUACUAUUGGAAUGUGACCGUUGGACCUCCUGAGAACGUCUGGGUGACCCCAGGAGAAGGCUCCCUAAUCGUCAGGUUCUCCUCUCCCUUCGACAUCCCUGCCUCCAAGGCCACUUUUCAGUAUUAUGUCCAUUACUGGGAAAAGGCAGGAAUCCAAAAGGUUGAAGGUCCUUUCAGGAGCAACUCCAUCGUGUUGAAUGGCUUGAAACCCUUGAGAGAAUACUGUUUACAAGUGAGGGCACAUCUGGUUUGGACGUACUACAACAUCUCGAGGCCCGGACAUUUAAGCAACGUAUCUUGCUACGAAACAACAAUGGAUGCCACUACCAAGCUGCAACAAGUCAUCGUGAUUGCCGUGGGCGUAUUUCUGUCGCUGUCGGCGCUGGCGGGGGCCUGUUUCUUUCUGGUCCUGAGAUACAAAGGCCUGGUAAAAUACUGGUUUCACUCUCCACCAAGCAUCCCGUCACAAAUCGAAGAGUAUUUAAAGGACCCGAGCCAGCCUAUCUUAGAGGCCCUGGACAAGGACACGUCGCCAACGGAUGAUGCCUGGGACUCUGUGUCCGUCAUUUCGUUUGCAGAGAAGGAUCGAGAAGCUGCUCCCCAAGGCACUUUGAACCCAAACUCUGGUCCGGUCUGCCAGCCUGUGGGAUGAGGGCUCUGAGUCGAUGAAGCUGCUGGUGUUCCUGUCAGGACUUUCUGGAGCCCAGAAUCCCAUACUCCUGUCCUCAAAAGGCCCAUCAGUGGCUGAGAAGACGUAACGGGUCUCAUGGGGGCGCCAAGCUUAUUUUUUUUCUUUAAACUAAGAGUUUUCUAAUCAUACAAGUUUCUAGAAUGAUUCUACAGAGAUAUCCCAGAAAAAUUAAGAUUUCUCUUAAACACUAAAAAGACAUGUAAUCAUUUGUUAGCCAAAUGGCUCUGGCACGCCUCGGACGUUUUGUUCAUCAGCAGCCAGGACACGGGGUCCUCUCCUUGACACGGCCCCUUGGGCAGAUCAUGUCACCUGUCCCAGCCUGUCCCAAGAAGGGACAUUAAGUGGCCCUUCUUCCUAUCCAGUCACCCGGUUUAAAAUGUGAUUAGUCUUGUAAAUAGUUUCCUAGUGACUUAAGGCUUUUUUUUUUUUUCAAGCUAGGAAUAAAAGACUGUGUAAUUAA